CGGUUUGCCACAAGCCCUCACCCCUCACCCCUCACCCCUCAAGCCUCGGCGCCGCACACACUCUCACGGCUGCACACCACCACUCACAAACCCUAAAUCACUUUCCUUGAAUUCAACAUUCACCAUCAGAUAUUCAGAUUUUCCAUUCUCCAUUCUCAUCACUCAUCACUCAUCACUUUUCUCUUCUCCCACAACUCAACAAGACAACAACCCACAUAGCCACACACUUACAGUCUCACACAGCCGUCCGUGAUUCAUCACUCCUGGAGCUCCGUCAUCCGCGAUUCACCGCGGCUCGAUCUUUGCCGUCUGCAAUUCACCGCGCCUGGAGCUCCACGUCAUUCGCCGGUCUUCUCCUAGGUUUUCUCCUCGCGAUUAGUCUCCUCGAUCUGCCUUCUCCAGUUCUCGUCGAUCAUCGCUGCCGUCGUUUUCUUCUCCGGGCUCUGCGGUGUUGCCGACUUGCCAUCCACUUCUCCAGUUUGUGUGAAGCAAAGAAGAAGAAGAAUGGCAUCGUCAUCAUCAAACAACAGCGGCUACGAUGUUCCCUGGGUUGAGAAGUACCGACCCUCUAAGGUCUCCGACGUCGUUGGCAACCAAGAUGCCGUCUCCCGCCUUCAAGUCAUCGCCCGAGACGGCAACAUGCCCAAUCUCAUCCUCUCUGGUCCUCCUGGAACUGGUAAAACCACAAGCAUACUAGCACUAGCUCAUGAGCUUCUCGGUUCCAAUUCCAAGGAAGCCGUUCUUGAGCUCAAUGCUUCCGAUGACCGUGGAAUUGAUGUCGUCCGGAACAAGAUCAAGAUGUUUGCUCAGAAGAAAGUUACUCUCCCUCCUGGCCGCCACAAGAUUGUUAUUCUCGAUGAAGCUGAUAGUAUGACUUCGGGGGCUCAGCAAGCUUUGAGGAGGACAAUGGAGAUAUACUCGAAUACUACUCGGUUUGCCCUUGCUUGCAACACUUCCUCUAAGGUUAUUGAGCCCAUUCAGAGUAGAUGUGCCAUUGUGCGAUUUUCGCGCUUGUCUGAUGAGGAGAUACUCAGUCGCCUCAUGGUUGUGGUUCAAGCUGAGAAGGUUCCCUAUGUUCCUGAAGGCCUUGAAGCCAUCAUUUUCACUGCUGAUGGUGAUAUGAGGCAGGCGUUGAAUAACUUACAAGCAACAUACAGUGGAUUCCAGUUUGUUAACCAACAAAAUGUUUUCAAGGUUUGUGACCAGCCGCAUCCAUUGCAUGUGAAGAAUAUGGUGCGUAAUGUUCUCGAAGGGAAUUUCGAUGAGGCUUGUUUGGGCCUCAAACAACUAUAUGACUUAGGAUACUCCCCCACAGAUAUCAUCACAACAAUUUUCCGUAUUAUAAAAAAUUAUGAUAUGGCUGAGUAUCUGAAAUUGGAAUUCAUGAAGGAAACUGGAUUUGCUCAUAUGAGAAUUUGUGAUGGGGUUGGUUCCUAUCUUCAAAUGUGUGGUCUAUUGGCUAAGCUUUCUCUAGUCCGUGAAACAGCUAAAGCUGCAUGAGUAGGUUCCAAGUACAGCUUUUAUGUUAGCUUCCGUUUUGUUUUUUCCUGGUAGAAAGGAUAUUCUGAGUUAUUAUAUUUUCAAUGAUGUUCAAAUGCUUAACUGAGUUUUUUGGCUUCUAUAAAUAUAUUUGGCUUGGAUGAAUGCCACUUUUCCAA